AAUUUUUAGUUCACACCCUUUCGGUCAAGGCCUUUCUAAAUUUGGUUCAUCAUGUUCACCCGAAAGCUUCGCCUGCAAUCGGCCCAUAUGCUGAGGGUUUUCCAGAGGUUCAAAUCCAGUGAGGGGCAGUACGACUGGGGCAACUACGAUGCCAGCUCGGGUGAAUGUUGCAAGAUGCGUGAUAAGGAGAUAGCCGCCUGUUCGUCGGGAAAGAGUUUUUGUCCUUGGCCGGAGAUGGAAAACAAGUGUGUCGGCCGGAGUGUCACUUCCAACUUUUGGGAGAAGGAGUACCCGAAGCGCCUUAAGGAAAUCUACGCGCGGAGCAAAGGCGAACAGGACUGCACCUUAAUAAAGCGUGAUGCUACACUUUACAAGCCGUCGGACAAGAGUCGUCGCUACCAGCGCACCUGGGCCGAGUGUCCACUUAUUUGGCUGCGUCCUAAGCCCUACUGCUGCCCGGAUCCGGAGUACUAUCCCACGGGAAAGCGGCGACCUCAUCCCCCCGCUGAAACCCGGCUAUCGCCAAUCGAAAUGCACCUCUAUCAGAUGGCCCUACUAUGCAAAGCCACUCUUACAGAGCCCGGCUGCCGACCAGGUCGUACUCCUCCCAAGUGCCUUAUAAUCCGCCGGCCCACCAACUGCAAGAAGAAGUGUAGCCCGAUGCCCAGUUUCUCGGAGGCAUGCCGGCACCUGAUGCCCAAAUUUUGUCCUACCGAGUGCAGUUGUUCGGCACCGGCCAGCAUGUGCGAAGCCUGGACCGCUUACCAUGAACGGGGUAGAACCAGAAAAGUCUGUUCUAGGCCCUUAAUAGGGUUCACUCCCUUUAGACCCCGCAUGCGAUUCCCCUGGUAAUGAGACUUUGUUGGGAAUACCAUCUGCAACCCAUUGGUAACCCAUGAGAACGGCAUUUGGAUAGGUGAUGCGAGGCCUUCUACGAAAACCGCAGAGUUUUUAAUUUUUAUUUUUUAGAUUUUGGUUUUCUGAUUCGUUUCAAAAUUCCCCCCAUAAAUUAUGAAGCUGCAGUCAGCACUCCGCGUCAUCUUCAGGCCGGCAACCAGGGGUCUGGCCUGUAAGGUGCCUUCCUUUCCGGAUCCACCUUGCAUCGAUGCGGAUCCCAUGUGCCAUCACGUGUCUUCGAGAGGCUGCCCAGGGGCCAGGAAUGUGAUCAACCGUGAACUGCCGCGCGAGAAGUUCCUGGACAACUACGAGAAGAUGGUGGCGAAGUGCUGCAUUCUGCGAUCGGCUCACCGUGAUCCGUGCGCUGGCCAAAGGAAAAAGGAAAAAGAGCUUCCAAAAGAGCCGGAACCCUUCCGAUCGAUGUGGGAGCCACCCUGCCGGACUGAUCAGCAACCACACUGCACGGAUAUGCUUCCUCGGUUCGAUGCCAUCUACUACACGCCCUCGAACAAGUGCCGGUGCUACCAGCGCACCUGGGUGGAGUGUCCGCCGCUGCACCAGCGCGUUAAGAAGGUGUGCUGUUUGGAUGGCAUAAAGCCGCCGGAGGUUCUCUACCGCAUCAAGGAAGAAUGCCCCAGAACAGCCUGCGAGCGAGACUACAGCAGGCUCAAAAGACUUUGCUCCGCUGUCCACUACGAGCAGGAUCCAACGAGCAAGUGCACCAAGAUGUUUUGGCCCUGUUGCAAGCCGGCGCGUUGCGAAUCGCACUGCAGGGGCAUGAAGCGCCCCACCGGCUGCACGAAGCUGCGAGCCCCCUACCCCUCAUUCUCGGAGCUGCGCAAGAAGUGGGCCCGCCCACGCCGACCCACCGAAUGCCUCUGCCCCGACCCCAUUCCUCUUUGUGUGGCUCUGAGAGCGGCCAAGAGGAUCGAGACCCUGAAGCUAAAGCACGUCUAGCGGGGGACACAAAUUCAAUCAUAAGUUCUGACUUCCUGGGCGAAACUGUAAGGGCUAGUUGUCGUUACUGUUUCGCUCAGAAAGUCAGGACUUAAUACUCAAAAUUACGGCAUUCAAUUUAACAGAAUCCAUUGUACAUAAAUAAACUUAUUUCCAACUCUUA